UUUGUAGGUUAAAUUAAUAUUAACCUACUUAAAUAGAUUUAAGUUCUUUACAAAUAAAAAUGUCGAAUUCAUUUCAAAACGUAAGUAAUCAUUUUCUAAAUAAAGAAAAACACAUCGAACCCAAAGUGCAAAUGCACCCAGAAGUAAUUGAAGAUAUGAGCAUAAAAACUGAACAGCAGCUUCCUGCAGAAGUGCAAGUUAAAGAAGAAAAUAUUAAAUCUGAAGAAAAAUUAGAUCCAGAAGUAAUAAUUAAUGAAGAAAUACUAAAAAGUAGUGAAGAAAGAUGUAACUCUCAUCGACCUGGAGCCGUAAUAGUUAAGGAAGAAGAUGAUUAUGAUUUGAUAGAUGAAAGUAUAAAAUCUGAACAAGAAUAUCAUGAAGAAAGUGUUAUUGUGAAACAUGAACAAACAUUUAUCGAAGACAAGCAUUAUUCACGCUCUCAUGAAUCAUUUAAUGCCGAAGAAAAGUUUCAACAAUUUACACAUCAAUUAAAUUUAGUUAAUCCUGAAGAAAAACUUUUUUCGUGUGAUAUUUGUAAUAAAACUUUUAAACAUAAACAAAGUUUAACCGAACAUAAUCGAACUCAUACGGGAGAGAAACCGUUCUCUUGUAGUGUGUGUGAAAAAACAUUUACUCGCCAAGCGUAUUUAUUUCGACAUAAAAAAAUUCAUUCCGGAGAAAAACUGGAAUGUGACGAAUGUGGUCAAACUUUUACUCACAAACCAAAUUUAAUUCAACAUAAACGCAUACAUAGUGGAGAAAAACCGUUUACAUGUAAUGUCUGUGGAAAAUCUUACAGACGUAAACAUAACUUAAUUCAACAUACACGAGAUCAUACUGGAGAAAAACCGUUUUCUUGUGAUGUAUGUGAUAAAAGGUUUACUCGUGAACAAUCUUUAAUUCAUCAUAAAGGACUACAUUCCGGAAAUUCAUUCGUUUGUGAUGUUUGUAAUAAAACUUUCACUCAUAAACAGUAUUUAAUUCAACAUACAGCGAUUCACGUUGGAGAAAAAUCAUUUUCAUGUAAUACUUGUGAGAAAACAUUUACUCAUAAACAAUAUCUGAUUAAACAUGAGCGUAUUCAUACAGGCGAAAAACAAUUCACGUGUGAUGUUUGUGAUAAGAAAUUUUAUCAAAAAAUUUCUUUACUUAAACAUAAACUAAUGCACACUGGAGAAAAACCUUUUUCAUGCGAUAUCUGUUACAAAACAUUUAAGCACCAAGACAAUUUAACUUAUCAUAAACGAUAUCAUACGGGAGAAAAAUCUUUUCCGUGUGAUGAAUGUGAUAAAACAUUUACCAAUAGACCAAAUUUAAUUUCACAUAAACGUUCGCACACGGGAGACAAACCAUUUUCAUGCGAUAUUUGUAAUAAAAAAUUUAGCAUGAGUAGUAAUUUAAUAGUGCAUAAACGAAUUCACGGGGAAAAACUUUACUCAUGUGAUAUUUGUGAUAAAACAUUCUCACAGCCAAUUAGUUUACGUCAGCAUAAAUUAAUUCAUACUGGAGAGAAACCUUUCUCAUGUGAUUUUUGUGAAAGAACGUUUAGAUUUAAAAUCAAUUUACGGGAACAUAAACGAAUCCAUAGUGGCGAGAAGCCUUAUUCAUGUGAUAUUUGUGAUAAAAAAUUUAUUCAACGUAAUUCUUUACGUCAUCAUAAAAGACGACUACAUCCUAAGAAACAGCAAGAUUAGUUUAGGGAUGGUGAACCAAUGGCACGCGACAUAAUAUUUUAGGCACGCCAUCGAUCACAGUUCAUUAUGAAGUAUUACAUUACGAACGAAUGCGAGUGAGAGUGAUUCUACCUCAUCUGAAAAUGGCAUUUUGAAACAAAUCACAAAUUCAUAAGUCAAAGAAAAGGAAUUGAUUACAAGUGCGGGAAAGACAGAUAUCAGAUAUCUGGAACUUUCUGGAUUUACAGAAAUCCAGAUGUUAGUUAGAUAAAAUAGUUAGAACAGUCCUUCUUGAAAUAUAAAAUCAUGUUUUUUUUUUACAAUAAAACAUACUUUGAGAGGAAAAUUUAAACGUGACACAUAGUUCAAAUCGCCGGUGGCUCGACGGAUGUCAAGUGUAAGUUACAACUCGCCGAAUGGGGAACACCAUGAAAAUAUUUUCCAUAAUUAUUAUACUUUGUUUUAUUCUAAAAA